CCCCUGCUUUAUCACCCCUCCGACAUCCAUUUCCACGACGAAAGUUUAGGUUCAAAGUCUGGCCUAAAAUUAUUUAAUAGUCAUUUAGUUUUGUUAAUUUAUUGUUAAGUUAGGUAGUUGCAACAUGGCCAAUCAUAAGUUACUUAGUGCCCUAAGGAUCCUGAAAAAUAGAAAAGAUGUUAAAUUUCUGGCAGGCUUCCAGAGUCGAAAUUAUGCAGCGGCUGCAGCUAAUCAUGUACAUACGAAGUGCAAAAUAGUCAACGGCGUGUAUGUGGUGACAUUGGACUCCCCUAAUGUUAAGGUAAACUCCCUUAACACGGAGGUGAUGAAUGAGGUCACAAACGUUCUAAAUGAAGUUGAAUCAAAUCCUUCCAUUGAAGCUGCCGUGCUGAUAUCUGGCAAACCAGGAUGUUUCAUUGCUGGUGCAGAUAUUUCUAUGAUUGAAGCUUGCAAAACAAAAGAAGAAGUAGUUAAUUUAUCAAAACGAGGCCAUGAAAUCUUUAGAAGAAUGGAAGCGUCCCGCAAGCCCUUCAUUGCGGCUAUUCAAGGCAGCUGCCUUGGAGGCGGGCUAGAGACUGCGCUGGCAUGCAAAUACCGCAUUGCUGUUAAAGACCAGAAGACUGGAUUUGGGCUUCCUGAAGUGAUGCUGGGACUUCUGCCUGGCGGUGGUGGCACUCAAAGGUUGCCAGCUCUUACUUCUAUUCCCACGACUUUGGACCUAGCACUUACCGGGAAGACAGUGAAGGCAGAUAAAGCGAAAAAACUUGGAAUUGUUGAUUUAUUAGUAUCUCCCCUUGGACCUGGCCUGGGCCUGCCUGCUGACAACACAAUGAAGUAUUUAGAGAAUGUGGCUGUUCAAAUUGCAAAAGACAUAGCAACGGGCAAGAUCAAGGUUGACAGAACUAAGACUGGUCUCGUCAACAAAAUUACCGCAACCGUCAUGGAGUGGGACAUGGUCAAAAACAUGAUCUUCAACAAAGCCAAAGAGCAAGUCAUGAAGGCAUCCCGUGGCCUUUACCCUGCCCCACUUAAGAUCUUAGAAGUAGUCCGUACGGGAGUGGACAAAGGCCGCGAGGCGGGAUACGAAGCCGAAGCCCAAGGGUUCGGUGAGCUGGCCAUGACGCCACAGAGCAAAGGUCUCAUCGGACUUUUCAGGGGGCAAACUGAAUGCAAGAAGAACAGAUUUGGCAAGUCCCAAGUUGAUGUUAAGACUAUUGGCGUGCUAGGCGCGGGUUUGAUGGGCGCCGGCAUUGUCCAUGUAUCCAUCGACAAAGGCUACAAGGUGGUUAUGAAGGACGCUACCAAUGCUGGCCUCUACCGCGGAGUCGGCCAGAUCCAAACAGGUCUGGCCAAUGCUGUUAAGAGGAAGAGGAUGUCCGCCAUCCAGAAAGACAGGAUCCUAGGAAACCUUACUCCAACAUUGGACUACGCCAAGUUCAAAAACGUGGACUGCGUGAUCGAGGCAGUGUUCGAGGACAUCAACAUCAAGCACAAGGUGAUCAAGGACCUGGAGGCGGUGGUGCCGCAGCACUGCAUCAUUGCGACCAACACCAGCGCCAUUCCCAUCACCAAGAUCGCGGCUGGGAGCAGCCGCCCUGAGAAAGUUAUCGGCAUGCACUACUUCUCCCCCGUGGACAAGAUGCAACUGCUGGAGAUCAUCACGCACCCGGGCACCAGCUCCGACACGUCCGCGGCCGCCGUGGCCGUAGGCCUGCGCCAGGGCAAGGUCGUCAUUACCGUCGGCGACGGGCCCGGCUUCUACACCACGCGCAUCCUCUCGACUAUGCUGAGCGAGGCUAUUCGGCUACUCCAGGAAGGAGUUGAUCCCAAGGCACUGGACAACAUGACGAAGCAGUUCGGCUUCCCCGUCGGCGCGGCCACGCUGGCCGACGAAGUCGGCAUCGACGUCGGUUCCCACAUCGCCGCGGAUCUGGCCAAGGCUUUCGGAGACCGCAUUAGCGGUGGCAACAUCAAUAUCAUGCAAGACUUGGUGAAGGCUGGAUUCAUGGGACGCAAAUCCAGCAAGGGCUUUUACGUUUAUGAGAAGGGCUCUAAAAACAAGGAAAUCAAUCAGGACGCCAUUGCUCUGGUGAAGAAAUAUUCCCUGGCGCCUCUUGGUGCCAACACCGUUGAGGACCAACAGUUAAGAAUGGUGUCAAGGUUUGUGAACGAGGCAGUACUGUCCUUGGAGGAAAAGAUCUUGCACAGCCCUCUGGAAGGAGACGUUGGCGCCGUGUUCGGACUUGGGUUCCCGCCAUUCACUGGAGGACCUUUCAGGUGGGUCGAUCAAUUUGGAGCAGACAAACUGGUAAAGAAGAUGGAGGAGUUCCAGGGACACUAUGGAGCACCAUUCAAGCCCGCCCAGACCCUUGUAGACAUGGCCAAAGACCCGAGCAAGAAAUUCCAUAAGUAAACUGCCAAUUAAAAAAAAUAUUUUAAAUGAGUAGAUUACGCCAGAGAUUUUGUGUUCAUGACAGACACAGAGACGAAUGGUCGAGGAUAUUAUUGAUAGUUGAGAUAU